UAAUAUGUCCAAGUACAGUGCCUACAAAUGGCACAUUAAAUUAAAAAAUGUCUGACUUCCUGUCGGGUUUACACUAUGCAUCCAAGACAGUCAGGGUUCUUGUGGGAUUUAACCCCCUUUCCUACUUCCUUACGUCAGAAUGAUGGUGUUCAGCUGCGAGUCUGACACGUAAUCCAAGUACCCAGGUCCAAACGGGUCAGUAGUGUUUUUGCUCUGAGGGGGCUCAGCGUUCACAGUAGAAGGACCAGCACCAGGUUCACCAUCAGAAUCACACUGUGUGCAACAAAAACAAAUCAAGCGUUUCUGUAGAGUUAGACGGUAAGAAGUCAUUUAAGUAUGUAUAUAUUUGGUGUUUGUUUUUAGAGAAGACUGUCAGUGUGUCAGCAAUUUAGAAAGCAACUAUCUGGCUUCUCUCUACCUUUUAUAAGUUGCAGUAUUUUCCUUAACUACUUCACUAAACCGGUACUUUGAAGGCUUGUCCCACCACUCACGCUGUCUUUCUUCUCUGGUCCACCGGGUGUCACUGCAGCCUCGCAGAGCUGCACCGCGCUGACUCCUCCUGACUGGGUGUGUGUGGAUGAAGCACCUGCUUCGGCUCCGUCAUCGUCCUCUGCAUCACCGGUCAACUCUUCUUCUCUUGUCCUGGUCACUCCGUUCACCUGCAGAGGAGCAGCCUCGAUUGCAUCCCGCUUCUCAGUCUCCUCACUCUGAGUUGUAUUAGAGGAAAAGGUGAUGGCAGGACUUUGGACGACUGCUGCCGACCCAUCUCCCCCGUCUUUAAUUUGCUCCUGAGGUUUUUCAGCUACACUCUCAGCUGUGCCUCCCUUGUGUUCCUGCUGCACCUGAUUUCCCAAAAGCUGCUCCUCUUCCUCCUCUGCAGGUAGGUCUGACUUUGUGUCACCACUUUGCUCUGGACCAGGCCCUAUGUCUGCCUCAACCUCACAACUAGUUCCCUUUGGGCCGCCUGGACCACACACAACACUGGUUCCAUCUGAGGUAGUGGCAGCAAUGUGGACUUCAGCUUCUGCCCUGUGUGUCAAAAACAAUGUCAUCAACAACGGGGAAGUAACACAUUUCAUUUAAUCCUGUUAGUGUAAUCAAGUAUCCUUUAUGUUUGGAGUGUGUUUUCACUUACUAAUCUAAAUAAUUCAAGAUAUUUAACACUAAAUUUGGAUUCCUCACUACAUUAUUCUGACCUGUCUUCCCCUCCAGAGUGACUGGACUGAAGUUUCAUCUCUGCUUUUUCCUGCUCUGUGACAUUGCCUACUGGGACGGAUAGUGAGGAUGAUAGAGACGAUACUAUCUCUUCCUGAGCCACAAGGUCGGCUGCGUUAUUACAAAUCUGCUUUCCGACUCUCUCCGGUCCGUUCUGCCCGUUUUCACGUUUUUUUGUCUGUAAAAAGUGACUCCGCUCCCUCUCCGUCAGACCACACAUACCCAUCCUUCGCUUCUUUUUGGCCGGUAACCCCGCUGCAGCCUCCUGUGCGGUUUCCUUGACGUCAGUCAUGUACACAUUGCUGGGUUCUUCUUGACUAACUUCUUGGUUUUUCUCAAAAUUACAUUCAGGGUUCUCCUCUGCACCCGGUUGAUCCUCCGGAGCAGCAGCAGCAUCGCCCUCUUCAGAGAUCUGCAAGCAGACCUGGAGUUGGUUUGAACCGUCGAUGAGCCGCAGUCGGAACCCCCCUCCCCGGGGUCAAGGGGCAGCGCGAGCCAAACAGAUGGGGCUGCUCCUUGACCUGUCCCCGGAUGGAGGGAUGGAUGAUGAGGGAAAUGACGAAGAGCUGGAGGCAGAGCUUCUGAAUCUGGUGGGAGGAGGUGGAGGGAGAUCACAAGGGAAGAAAGGUGACGGCAGAGCUCCUGUCCCCAUGGCUGAUAUAGAGCGAAUGGCAGCACUUUGUAUGAAAGACCUGGAUGAUGAGGAAAUGGGGGAUGACGAUCUGGAUGAUGAUGAAGAUCUGCUGGCAGAACUGAAUGAGGUUUUGGAGGAUGAUGAGGAACAAACUCGCCCUCCUGCCAUCACGCCGACUGCUCCCAAAGUGAGCGUCGCAUCCCACUCGGCUCCUCCUGCCGCUCCCGGUGGUGCAACUGGGUUGGAGUCUCUCCUGCUGGAGCGCGUUGAAAUGUAUAAGACGGCCGUUUCCAAUGCUAAGACUGCAGGGGAGACGAGCAAAGUCCGAAGAUAUGACCGUGGGUUAAAGACACUGCAGUCCAUGUUGACAUCUUUUAGGAAAGGGAAGCCAGUCAGCGAGGAGGAGAUUCCGCCUCCGGUCGCUCUCGGUGGAAAGCCCAACGUCACAGACGAGUCCGAAUCGAUCAAGGAACGAGAACUGCCGGGGCCCACGCCGAUGCCCUCUCCUCCCACAAACCAGAAACCUCUAAGGGAGGCUGCGCCGGCAGCUCCGCAUAUGAAGCCACUCCAUCUGACCGUGCCCCAUAAGCCUGCUGCCGCCUUAACCCCGGGAACACCUGCCAUCUCUCCCCUCACCCCCGGCCAGCCUGACGCUCAGCACUCAGAGCUGAAACAGGCAGUGUUGUCCAGACAGAGGGAGUAUAAGAUCGCUGCCAUACACGCCAAGCAGAACUUCGACAUAGACGGGGCGAAACAGCACUACCUCACUGCCAAGAAGCUGGACACUCUGGUGGAGGCACUGGACAGAGGCGAACCAGUCGACCUGAGCUCACUACCGCCUCCUCCUGGAGACGUAGUAGCAGAACACACUGCACCGCCUCCUCCUCAGUCUUCCUCUAAACCUGCUGCCCCUGCUGCACCUGCACCCACCCAAGUGGUCGCUGCCGAUCUGCCUGCUCCCAGCAAUGUGGGAGAAGCCCUGCAGCAGAGGAUGGACAUAUACAAGUCAGCAGCAGAGGGAGCCAAGAGCAAAGGAGAUGACCGGAAGGCUCGCAUGCACCAGCGCAUUGUCAAGCAAUACCAGGAUGCCAUCAGAGCUCACAAAGCUGGACGAGCCAUCAACUUGUCUGACCUACCUGUGCCGCCAGGCUGUCCUCCACUUCAGGGCUCAGAGGGGAGUCAGCAGAGCUUCAUGGGUGUCCUGGAAACGGCGAUGAAAAUAGCUAAUCAGGACGCAGACGCAGAAGAUGAUGAAGAGGACGGACAAAGAGAGGCUGCCAAGCCGGCAGUGCGUCCACCCGCCCAGAAAGCAAAGUCUCCGGCUCCUCAGCCCCCCGGAGGCCCCUCGGCUCCGAAGCUGGGACCAAAAGUCCAGCAGCAAUUGGAUUUCCUGUUGCUAAGGCGACAGGCUUUUAUGCGUGCCGCGCUGCGAUCCAAACAGAUGAAGGACAUGACUGGAGCAGCGCAGCACCUCCGACACGCCAAGGGACUGGACCCCAUGGUCACCGCUGCCAACGCUGGGCUGCCUGUUGAUAUCAGCAAGAUUCCCAACGCUCCAGUCAGCGAGGAGGACUACUCCCUGGCCCGCUCCCGCACCUCCCCUGUCUCCCCUCGCUCCAGUGAACAGUACCACGGCCUCAUGGAUCUUUUGCGGAAGCAGCAUGAGAAGUGUUUGGGAUUCUCUCAGCAGCUCACUCUCUUGGGCAAUGUGGCCGAGGCUCUGAAGUUUGAGAAACUAGUGGAGGAGUGUAUGAAGAGCAUCGGCAUACUGAAGAACGCCCACGCCAAGGGCCAGCCAGUCCCCAAGUGUCGCACGGAGGAGAGGACCUUGAACACCGUCAAGAUCCACAAUGGCCUGACACCAAAUGACCUGAUUCUGUACAUCAUCAAAGGCAUCAACCUGCCAUGUCCCUCAGGUGUCUCGCCUAACGAUCUGGAUGCCAGUGUGAAGUUUGAGUUUCCUUUUCCCAGUGCGGAGGAGGCUCAGAGGGACAAAACAGGCACGGUAAAGAGCACCAACAACCCCGAGUUUAAAGAGAACUUCAAACUCAACAUCAACCGAGCCCACCGAGGCUUCAAACGAGUCGUCCAGUCCAAAGGCAUCAAGUUUGAAAUCGUCCACAAGGGAGGCCUGUUUAAGACGGACAGAGUUGUGGGCACUGCUCAGAUGAAGCUCGAGGCCUUAGAGAACCAGUGUGACGUUAGAGAAAUAAUAGAGGUGAUGGAUGGACGAAAAGCGACAGGUGGAAAGUUGGAGGUGAAGGUGAAGAUCAGAGAGCCUUUAACAGGAGCUGAUCUCCAGCCGGUGACGGAGAAGUGGCUGGUUCUCGAUCCGGUGUCCUCCCUUUCUCCUCCAGCGAGACAAAAGGAACGGGCUCCAUCUCCUCGGUCUAAACCCAAACAUGAAGCGAGCAGCAGACAUGAAGCGAGCAGCAGACAAGAAGCGAGCAGCAGACAAGAAGCAGGCAGCAGACAAGAAGCAGGCAGCAGACAAGAAGCGAGCAGCAGACAUGAAGCGAGCAGCAGACAUGAAGCGAGCAGCAGACAUGAAGCGAGCAGCAGGAGCAGUCAUCCCAACAACUCUCCUCCACUGUACAAACUCACCAGCUUCAGCCUCCUCAACCACGACAGGGAGCGGAUGGAGAGAAAGAUUGCAGACUAUCGAAAGGCGCAGCGGCAUCCCCCCUCUGACCUGGUCCACCAAUACAAAGAGGUCACACACAGGCUGCAGUGGCAGAAAGCGCAGCUGGAGCGAGCCUCCUCCGCUCUACUGACCGAGUAUGAAAAUGCGCUGCAGCGCUCCGUCCAAGGGUAUGCUGACUCCGUGAAGAAACACUCCAGCCAAGGCAACAGGGACGCUGCCAAGGAUGCGCUUGGCAGGUUGAGGAUGGUGGAGAACGAGCUGGAUUCGCUGAAAAGAAAACGCACGGGAUGAGAGGAGAGUUAAGGGAGUGGAGACUUGGCUGGAGUACUGUUAUAUCGUCUCUCUCAUACACGUUCAUAUACAAACACUACAUCGGGGGACUUUAAGCACCUUUUGCAUGAUUCUAUGCUGCUCAUUUCCAUGAAAACUGCAUCAACCAAUCAGAUAAUUCUGUCAAUUGAUCAUAAAACAUGUGUCACGUUGGGGUUAGUCCCCUGCGAAAGUCAUUAAAAAGAAAUUUGUAGCUACAAAGGGACACAGAAAGUAAGCAUUAAAAUGUGCGACGCAGGCUUAUUUGCACUUAAACACCAGAGAAAGCUGCUUCUGAAGCACAGCUUAACAUACCUUACCGAUGCCAUGUUCGUUUUUUAUUCCCAUCUUUCCUUUGUUGGUGAGGAGAUCUGUUAGAAGAUCUAUACGUUUUACAUUUGGCACCAGCUCAGAGAGUCAGUGUAGGUGUCCGUAGAUGACCAAAACAUGUGUGUGUGUGCGCUAAAGUGUGUUUAACCAACAGAGUGAGGAGUUUUUAACCCCUUUUCCCAUAUUUUAUGUGUGUAAUGAGCUUAAUCUAAUCUGUCUGCUCCAGUGUUCCCAGAUUACGGUAAUCUGCUCCGUUUGGAGUGGUGUGAUAUGGGAAUAAAAAAAAAAACGGGGCUUGGGGGCGCCGCAGCCUACAUCCCAUAAUGAGGGAUUAGUGUUUGUGUCACCAAGGAGACGACGAGAUCAGACGUAGAGUCGCCUUUGGGGCUGGGGAGAGGGGGUGUUAGCAGCGUGCCGUGAAUGUGGUAGAAGCUUAGCUCUGCAGAAGGAUUGCUGCUGCUUCUUCUUCUUCUGCAUCUUCAUCAGCUGUUUCUUCUUUGUUGUCUUCUUCAUCUUCACUUUCGUCGCACUAAUUCCUUUGCGUGCAUUCAGAGCAUUCAGAGUCGCGAGUAAUCGGCGGCUCUACUUGGAUUUUCCUUAAACUCUUAAACAAUAUUAAGCCCAUUAUGCUGUCGAUUAUGAAAUAAUUAUCAGCUGCUGUGUCAGCAUGCUGCUAUUUUGCACACAUUUUGGCAAAUGCCGUUUACAAAAGCAGCAGGAUCUGUCCCGCUGAGCUCUCCAGUAGCAGCACAGUGGGUGCUGAGUAGUCUGCCCAGAGGAAGAGAACCCAACAUGUGCCAGUAAGGCUGAGUAAUUGCUCAUUUCUAUUUCUGUUGCACCACAGACAUCCCUGUCACAGGCGUCCGAGUCAUUCCUCUCUACUUUACACUCACUGUGAGCGUGAAGUCGAGGGUACAGCAUUCAGACCGAUCCUGUAAGACUUCAGAAGACGUGUGACAAAUGCAGAGGCCUUGAAAUUAGUCAUUUUGCCGCAACAACUUUAGAUUGUACAACAGCAUGUCUUCUCUGUUGUGUUUAGUGCUCCGGACAGUAGAUUCUGCUGAUCCUCAUUGACUUCAUGCAGCCAGAGAGUAGCAGACGUCUUUAAAUGAGCCUCGCUGUAUGUGUUGUUUUAUCUGACUCUUCAAUGUGGAUGAUGUCUGGUAACUCUGCUAAUGGUUGUUUUAGUCAUGUGACACAGCAGAGAAUCAUGCGUUUGUCUUAAUCCACCCACUGCCUCGCCCCAUUAGCAAAUAAUCCCGGUUAAAGUUGACCUGAUGAGGCCCUCCACAGUCUGUGUUGAUAUUUAUGUAACAUCCCUUCCCCCACAUUAUUCUUUUUAAUCUAUCGGGAGAAGAUAUCUUCUGACUCUCUGUAAGUGGUACGUUAUACCAACAUGAUGAAGUUCAACCUAUAGUGGAUCUUAAAGGCCUAUACGUGAGUGUGUGUGCGGGCAAGUAACUUUACCUCCUUAACUACAAAUCAUGGACAUAUAAUAUUUUUGCUGACAAUUUUUAAAUAUCUGCAGCACCAGUUUCGCUUUUGAUGCGUUGUCCCGAUUGUUCCAGUUAGUCAUUAGUUUCAGUGCAGGACGUGAAUCAGUUAGCAGACUGUUGCAACUUGCUUGCUAAACAUUUACAGAAACAAACAAAACUCUGUUUGAGACAAACAUUUACACAUUGUCAGUGUAUCGUGUUGCAUCAUUCAGUAUUGCAGUUUAGAUGCACAUACGUUUGAAAAACUGCAUUAACGAUUAAGAUGAUGUAUGCAGACUCAAUGGAUUACACAACUCAAGCAAGAUUCAAAAUUCUACUAAUUGUUUUUUAUACUUUACGGUAAUUAAUGGAAACCAAUGGCUGUUAAAACAGGCCAAAAUGGGUCCAAAACAUGGAAAACCACCGGUUUGCUCCUUUUUUUUUUUUCUUUAACAGAAAAUGUUUUUUAAUAUUUAUAUUUACAAAGUCAUGUAAAGACUAUGACGUCGUAGAUCUGAUAUAACUCCGCGUUCAUCGCCUUUAAACACACUCGCAGGAACUGCAACUGAGCAGCAGCCCCAUUCUUUAACUCCAACACCUUUAACCUUUGUCACCUCACACACACUCUCACACACUGCUGCCACAUUACCUCACUGCUCGAGUGACCUCAUGGCCUCUGAGGCUGUCCUGUUGUCAUGCCAACGGGCUCAUCAGCAUUCAGUGUUGUAGUUCGGUGGUCGGGACCCGGGGAGAGCGACACAUCGUUAAAGUUUGUCCUGUUGGUGACUCACUCUCCUGUCUCUCACACACACACUCCGUCUCAUAUUUUCUUUUUGUCUUCACUCCAUUUUAAAAAGGAGACAUUUUGGUGGAUUGUUUGUCAUAUUUGUUAAUGUUCCUGAUCUGCUGCAGUAAAUGUAAUCAUCUGGACUUUGGGGGAAAAUGCUUUUUCUUCAGUUAAGUCAUUUAAGGGCAAUCAAUAUAAAUGUAAUAUUUGUAUACAGUAAAUAUACAGCAUAAUAUGCUCCGUCUCUAUUUUCGAGUGUCAGUCGUGAUCAUUUGUGCGGCUCAAACGGGGAAUGUAUGGAGGCCUGAUUGUGUUCAGGCUUUAUUAUCUUCUGUAUGAGGUCGUUGUUGAAAUCAAUAAAAUGGUGAAACAG